GUUUAAACGACGUAUAUAUCGCUUAAACACAGCGUUUCGUUCUUGAAAGAAAAAAAAAAGUUGAAAGGGCCAUGGCCCACGCUGCCUCUUUCCUCUGCGAAGGCCAGGAACUGAUCCAGUGGAGCUAGAAAUGGGAAAGAUCGAUCAAAUUUAAUGGAAAGGAAUCAAUCAAUCCAAUAAGAAAUGCCAGUGAGAAUAGUUGAGACCUCUGCACCUUCUCAAAUCUCAGGUGCAAACUCUGGACAAACAUCGCCUCCAUUUUGUACUCUUUUGAGUGUUGGACAGGCCUUUUCUGGCACCCAGAAUGUUUCUAGCAUGCAAAAAGAUGAAGCAUGGAGAGUUAAUGUCCGAAUUCAAGGAUGUGACCUUGAUCAUGGUUACUUAUGUGGCACUAUGGAAGCUUUGAAUGUUCCUAUGGCUGAUACACCAGUAGUAACAUUCUGGGAAGGGGAAAUUGUUGACGGCAAGAAUUACACUUUCUUCACUGGCAAAUGGGAAGCAUCGCCAGAAGAUGAUAUAAGACAUUGGACAAAGUUUCCAUAUUUCGCCCCCUUCUCGUGCCAAGUGGAGGUUGACGGUGGCAAAUCCUUGGACUUGAGUAACUACCCAUACAUAUUUAUGAGAUGGAAAGAGCAAUAUUUUGUCAAUGUUGGAACAGACUGUGGAUUAACCAUAGCUGGGUUUUACUAUGUUUGCUUCUCUUGUGCUGAUGGGUCAAUCAAUGGCUUCUAUUAUGAUCCUAAUAGCAGCCCAUUUCAGAAGCUUGAACUGAAAUCCACAAAUGAGGGAAGAUCAGGCUUCAGUUUUUCAUCUUAUGAGUUGCAGUAAAUCGGAGCAGGCACACUUGAUACCAGGAUUAGCUCGUGUCCCAGCUGAACUUGUUAACUGGAGAUUUUCAACUAGAACUAAAUCUCUGAAAAUCAUGGCGCAUUUUCUGGGGCAGAGGUUAUCAGUGCAUAUGAGAAUUGUUUUAGAAAACUUCACGGGACGCCGAACCUUUUGAUGUGUUCUGUUCUCUCCUCACUGAAGAAUGGUGUAUUCUUAUCACAAGUAUUUAUCUUUCAAACUGAAUAAGAUAUAUGAUAUCUGGUAAGCCUUGUGAAUUUUACAUUAUGGUUAUUACAAUAUUUAACUUUCAAAAGCAUUUUGUUCACU